UUUGAACUUGAAGGUUUCUCUCCUCCAGAUGGACACGGAGGCCAGCGACCUGCUCAACGACCUGCAGGUUCGGCUCAACAACGUUCUGGACGACCUCAGCAGCACGUUUGGGAACAGCUUCCAGAGCCGCAUCACCGACUGCAUGCGGCAGAUGGCGUCGCUGCUGUACCAGAUCAAAGGACCGCUCAACGAAAACACAACCAGGUGGAGGGCGACUCGGACAACAUGCUGCGGCCGCUCAUGGACUUCCUGGAUGCGCAAUUAACGCUGUUCGCCACGGUGUGUGAGAAAACCGUCCUGAAGCGCGUUCUGAAGGAGCUGUGGAGGAUCGUGAUGACCAGCCUGGAGAAGAACAUCGUCCUGCCGCAAGGGAACGACACCUUGGGAGCACAGAUCCUUUCUGCUGCUAAAGAACUGGGACACCUUUCCAAACUGAAGGAUCACAUGGCAGGAGACGCUAAAAGCCUGACGCCCAGGCAGUGUGCCGUCAUGGAUGUGGCUCUGGAUACCAUCAAGCAAUACUUUCAUGCGGGCGGGAACGGCUUGAAGAAGACUUUCCUGGAGAAGAGCGCUGAGCUUUCGUCGCUCCGCCACGCUCUGUCGCUCUACACCCAGACCACCGACACGCUCAUCAAAACCUUCGUGACCACGCAGCAUUCACAGGGCUCAGGUGUGGACAAACCCAUCGGAGAGGUUUCCCUGCAGAUUGAGCUGUACACUCAUCCCAAGAGCGGAGAGCGGAAAGUUACUCUCAAAGUGAUUGCAGCCAGUGAUUUGAAGUGGCAGACGUCUGGGAUGUUCAGACCCUUCGUGGAAGUCACGAUGAUCGGGCCGCACCUCAGCGACAAGAAGCGCCGAUUUCAGACCAAAUCCAAGAACAACAGCUGGUCUCCCAAAUACAACGAGACCUUUCACUUCGUUCUGGGUGUUCAGGACGGGUUCGAGUGCUACGAGGUUCAAGCCUGCGUCAAGGACUACUGCUUCGGCCGCGCCGACCGGGUGGUGGGCCUGGCCGUGGUGCAGCUGAGGGACAUCAUGGAGAGGGGCAACUGCGCCUGCUGGUGCCCCCUGGGGCAGCGCAUCUCCAUGGACGACACGGGCCUGACCGCCAUGCGGAUCCUCUCCCAGCGCUCCAACGACGACGUCGCCAAGGAGUUCGUCCGGCUCAAGUCCGAGACCCGAUCAGCAGAGGAGGGAAGAUGAGGCUCUGCUUGAUGCAGUGGCACUGCUUUGACCUCUGACCUGUCUUGGCUGCUGUGUAAAACCUCACCAGCUUCCAGUGUUCUUCAACUUC